GGAGAUCGUCCCGUUUGUGUCUAGUGUGUGAUUGUCUCCGAUAUUAUAAUUUUUUUUCGUGUCCCUUUUAUUUCUUCUCUUGCACAGAUAAUCGAAACAAUUUUGUGAAUGUUUGAUGGCUCUCCGGGUGCUUCGAUCUCCCACGCGAUCGAAGAGAGCUGAAACUCGAUAGUUGGAUUAUUCGACAGCAGCGAGUGCCCGACAUUUUCGUCAAAUAAUUUGGUGGAGAGAGAAACAUUUCAGCCCGCAGCACACCAACACUCUUGUUUCGCACCUUGUAUUAAUCGAAUCGUGACGAGGAAGAAAAAAAAUCUGUCCGCCAUGCUGGACUGAGCCGGACAGUGUGUGGUCGGCCAUUUUUGAUUGAUAGGUGAAAACACACCGGACGUUGUUGUGUUUUCCAGUCGGCACGAAUUUUGGCUUUUUUUUAAGAAAAACUGGACGAUAGAAUCGAAUCGAAAUGGAUCACCGCGUCAACACGAUGCCGACGCACAGGAAAGUGGCGUUUGCCCGGCUGCUGAACCGCAACCGCUUCUCCAACGACGAGCUGGAAACGCUCUACGGCCGCUACAGUUGCCGAUUGCAGACGGCCUCGGUCGUCAGCUGCACGGUCCUCUUGCUCGUCAUGGGCGCCGUUCUCUCGUGCCUCCAUUUUUGGUACUCGAGGGGCAGCCCCACCGUCCAGGGCAUUUACCUCCUACUCCAGACGGCCGCCUGCGCCGCCCUGCUCGCCUUCCUCAUCAUCCGCCGCAACGGACACGACUCGCAUCUCCUCUGGCUGGCCUACGCUCUCCUGGCCCUCUGCACAGCCCUCUGCGUCGCUAGUCUGCCCGUGCCAUUGGCCAGCUGGGCCGGAACGGCGCCCAAAGACGUGGCCGCUACUUCCACCUACUCGCCGUCCCUGGGACUCGUCAAAAACGCCGUCGAUCCGUCGGCCUCGGCUUCCAGCAAGUCGCUGGGCAAAGACGCCAACAUGGUGGUGACUCGUCCGCCCAGGGGAGGCAAAGGCAAGGCCGGCAAGCGGGUCAAUAACUUGACGGACGUCAUCCAGCCUCCGCCACCGCCUCCGCCUCUGCCCACGGUGGCGGCCGCCGAGGGAUUGUGGCCCAUCGUCUUCGCCACUUUCGUGGCCUACGCCCUUCUUCCACUGCCCACUUGGCUGGCCACCGUCUUUGGGGCCUUUAUGGGCUCGAUGCACCUGGCCGUCGUCAUUCUCCUCCCGACGGCCUUACCCUGGCUGGCCUGGCAGCAGAUCCUCGGCAAUUGCUUGGUCCUCCUGGCCGUCAACACGGUCGGACUCUUCCUCCACAUGGUGAUGGAGAACGCCCAGCGCAAAGCCUUCCUGGACACCCGCAACUGUAUCGCCGCCCGGCUGGAGAUUGAGGACGAGAACGAGAAGCUGGAACGGCUCCUCCUCUCGGUCCUUCCGCAACACGUCGCCGUCGAGAUGAAGGCCGACCUGAUGGCCCCCGUCGAGGGCCAGUUCCACAAGAUCUACAUCCAGCGCCACGAGAACGUCAGCAUUCUGUUCGCCGACAUCGUCGGUUUCACCGUCUUGGCAUCUCAGUGCACCGCCCAGGAGCUGGUCCGCUUGCUCAACGAGCUGUUUGGCCGCUUCGAUCAACUGGCCAGCGACAAUCAUUGCCUGCGGAUCAAAAUCCUGGGCGACUGCUACUAUUGCGUGUCGGGAUUGCCGGACCCGAGAUCCGAUCACGCCCACUGCUGCGUCGAAAUGGGACUGGACGUGAUCGACGCCAUCGCCUCGGUCGUCGAAGCCACGGACGUCCGUCUCAACAUGCGAGUGGGCAUUCACACGGGCCGUGUCCUCUGCGGAGUCCUGGGAUUGCGCAAGUGGCAGUACGACGUCUGGUCCAAUGACGUCACCCUGGCCAACGCCAUGGAAGCUGGCGGAGAGCCCGGGCGAGUGCACAUCACCGAAUCGACAUUAGCCCAUUUGCACGGCGAGUAUCAAGUGGAGCCGGGCAGCGGAGGAUCCCGGAAUCAGUACCUGCGUGACCACAACGUCCACACCUACUUUAUUGUCCCGCCCGCCCGCCGUCGCAAGCCGCUCUUGUUUAACACGCUGCAGGUGAGGAGCGCCCUGGGUCAAGGCGGAGGACCGGGCAGCGGAUCCGGAGGCAACCAGCGACGCAAAUUGUCGUUCCGCAACGUGUCGAACGUGGUGGUCCAGCUCCUGCACUCGAUCAAGUACUCGGUCGAGGUUCCAUUCUCCAACAUCGCCGCCGCCCCAUCCGUCCAUUCCGUCAACAUGCAACAACAACAACAACAGAAUCCGGGCGUCAAUUGCCACAAUUCCGGCGGGAGCACGGCCGGCCACAAAAAGAACAAGGUGACGGACAAGGCCAAACGGCCGCUGAAGAAGCGCCACGCCAGUUUCCAUCAACACCAACCGACGAACCGAGUCAACAAAUUCCUGGCACAGGCCAUCGAGGCCCGUUCGAUGGGCCAGGAAAAGUCCAAUCACGUCCACGCUCUAACCCUCUGCUUCCGGGACUCGCUCAAGGAGGAACAAUACCAACGGGAUGCGGACAGCAGUUUCGGCAGCUCCUUGGCCUGCAGUCUGGUCCUGCUCGUCUUUUUGGGCGGCGUCCAGCUGGCCGUCUUGCCUCGAACCCUCAUUCUUCUGCUCCUGUUUCUGACGGCUUUCGUCUGGACGGCCGUCCUGCUCAUGAUGUUGCUGGCCGCCCGUCUGCGAUGGCUUCGCUGGGAUGUGACGCACGCGUUCGCCUUCCGGCUGGCCAUCACCGUCUUCACUAUCGUCCUCUUGUGCGCCGUCGCCCAAGUCAACGUCUUCACUUGCAGGCCGGAAAACACGUGCACCCCCGCAGUUUCUGCCAACGCGACGCCGCCCGUCGGGUCGGUCGUGGCCGAUCACCGCAGCUGCCCGCUCCCGCACUACAUCAUCCUGUCGGGUGUGCUGGGAUUCCUGGGCGUGGCCAUCUUUCUGCGUCUUCCGGCUGUCGUCAAGGGCGUCGUCUUGAUCCUGGUCACGUCCGUCUAUUUGAUGCUCUUCCACCUGACGCAUCGGCCCAUCCUCGACUGCUACGACGCCCGGACGGGCACCCUCAUCCCUCUGAGAGCCCUGGGUUCCCUCCAGCUGUUGCUCUUCCUCUUGGGCGUCAUCCUGCACGGCCGUCAAGUCGAGUGGACGGCCAGGCUGGACUUUUUGUGGCAGAGCCAGGCCAAGGAGGAGAAACAGGAGAUGGACGCACUGCAGCACAGCAACCGGCGGAUCCUCUUCAAUUUGCUGCCGUCCCACGUCGCCCAGCACUUCCUCGGCCAGGACGGCCACAACACGAGGAGCAACCUGGAGCUGUACCACCAGAGUUACUCGCGGGUGGGCGUCCUCUUCGCCUCCAUCACCAAUUUCCACGAGUUCUACAUCGAGCUGGACGGCAACAACCAGGGCGUCGAGUGCCUGCGGCUCCUGAACGAAAUCAUCGCCGACUUUGACGAGCUGCUGGGCGAGGAGCGAUUCCGUUCUGUCGACAAGAUCAAGACGGUCGGCUCGACUUACAUGGCCGCCGUCGGGCUGAUGCCGGACAUGCGGAUCGGCCAAGUGGAGACGGACGCCAACGUGACGGCCUCCUUCUACCUUGCCACCCUGGUGGAAUUCGUGUUCGCCAUGAAGGAGAAGCUGCUCUGCAUCAACGAGAACUCGUACAACAAUUUCACGCUCAGGGUGGGCAUGAACAUUGGGCCGGUCGUGGCCGGCGUCAUUGGCGCCCGCAAGCCGCAGUACGACAUUUGGGGCAACACGGUCAACGUGGCUAGUCGCAUGGAUUCCACCGGAUUACCCAACCACACUCAGGUGACGGAGGAAGUGUAUCAAGUGCUGAGGCACCAGCCGUACGAGUUCCAGUGCCGUGGGCGGGUCAAAGUCAAGGGCAAAGGCGAGAUGACGACCUACUUCCUGACGGACCGCAAGCAGCCGGCCACCGUCCGGGUGGACGACAUCGCCAUGAUGAUGAUGAAGCAGCCCAGUCACCACAACAACUCGAAUCUCAUGGCCUCCAUGUACGGCGGAGUCAUUACGCCGCUGGCCCUGGUCCACCAGCAGAUCCGCCAGCAGAAUCACCAGCAGCAAAUGGUUGGCGGGCCGCUGGUCCAGCUCAGACCGGUCGGCCGGAGCAACAGCGGCGGAAGCGGCAGCCGGGACAGGCGCAGUCCCAUGCACGACGCCCUCCACCCGAGAUUCCAUCCGCUCUCGGAAGAGAUGAUGGCCCCGCCGCUGAUUCCGCCACCUCCGCCCACUUCCGCCUACCACCAAGUUCCUCGUUUCACCAAGAAUCCUUACCUGCAGCAGUUGCAACAACAACAGCCGCCGGUCAUCAUUCCCAACAGCAUCCAGCCCAAUCCGCCGGUGCCUCGGCACAGCAGCACUCCGCCGCGCAGCAACGGCCGCGUCCACCACCACCAGCAGCAACAACAACAACAGCAGCAGCAGAUGCAACAUCAGCCAACGCCGCCGUUGUUGCAGCAGCAACAACAACUGCAGAAUCUCAGCCCCAUCCGGAGUUGUUCGGAAACGGAAAGCGGAUCGCCUCUGGGCAUGGGUCUCUCGGUCAGGACGGUGACGGCUGGUCCGAUCCAGCUGCAGAAAUCGCCCAGCGCCCCACCGCUCAAGAGGCAGCACCAGCACGGAAGCGGCGGCGGCGGUGGUGGUCAAAAUUCCGGAAUUCCGGGCCGACCGGCUUUCGAAUUUCCGGCGCCUCCACCACCUCCUCCGCACGGCACUUCGUCUGCGGGCAGCAGUGGGCGAGCCAUGGGCCGCAACUUCCGCCACCGGUCGGACGAGAGUCUGUCCGGAAUCGGUUCGUCGAUGAGGGGCGAGGCCUAUUCGACGCGAAUCCACUCGUCGGCGGAUGACGUCAGCUCGGCCAACCGGAGCGAGCGAAGUGAGAGCGAGACGGAGGACAGCUCGUCGGACGAGAGUUACACCAAGACGGAAGCGGAAGUCGACCCGGACAGUCCCGGAACGUCACCCAAUUUCCGUAUUCCGUCGCUCCUGCCGCUCAGCCUGGACAUCGAAAAGGCCUGGUCUCGCAUGAACGCCGAAUUCACGGCCAACGGGCACCGGCCCGAAGUGGUGGCCCAAUCGACGCCCUCUAGGAUGCCGACGGCCGGCAUGGCUUCCGCCGCAUCGACGACGGAAGCGAUCGAACUCAAAGAUUUGCAUUUGCUGAAAGUGCCGACGCCCAAAUUGACGACGGCCGGAAGCAGCAGCCGCUCGAUGAAGUCGGGGACCACUGCCGCCGAUUCCGACAUCAUGGCCGAGUCUUGCGUGGCGGAAUCUUGCGCCAGUUUCGAGUUUGUCGACGACGACGAUGAGCCGGAAGGCCGGGUGGAUGACGACGACGACGACGAGGAAGAAGGAGAGGAAGGAGAGACGACGGAACAGGAGCAACAGCAGCGCUCGCAACCUCCUUCGCCGCCCAAGUUGCUGGUCAUCAGCUCGGACGGAACCAAGUCAAGUUCGGCCGUCUGCAGUCCCAGCAGCACGUCGGAGAUUGGCAGCGUUUUCGGGCUCCGCUUCGAUCCGCAGGAGAACAAGAUGACCCUGCAGCUGACGGCCACGGCCGGCGAAACGGUUCGAUCGCCUCAGGGCGGCUCGGAACUGACGGAAUCGUCCAAACUGACGCCCAGCCGGUUCCCGCUGGAUCUGGGCAGCCCGACGCGGUCGGAUGGCGGCGGCGGCGGCCUCUUCCCUAGUCUCAAAAGCCAGGCCAAGAAAAGUGAAUACGAGAACGCGACGGACGACGAGCGGAAGCGCGAAGAAGUGGCCGAGGCCGUGGACGUCAGGCGGGAGCAGGAGCAAGUGCGCCAGAUCCUGGCCAGCGCGGCGGCCCUUCAGGCGGAGACGAGCCAGUCGGAGUGGAGCGAAGACGACGACGACGAUCUGUCGGACGACGACAGCAACGAAGACGGCCAGGACCAGGAUUGCCCGCAGGGACCUCUGCUGGGCUCCAACAACCAACACCCGUCGCUGGGCAACGGCAGGAAACUCUGCCACAACCGGCGGCGCAAAUUCCAUUUCGGCCUGGCCAGCGACGUGGAGUCGACGGGCUACACGACGGACGACGCCGGCAUGGAGAACCUCUCGGUGUUCAACGACGCCGGACUCACCGACGCCGAAGGGGCCCUGAGUGACAUCAAUUCACUAUUGAACGACGGAAUUCCCGUCGGCGAUUUCGACAUGGCCGACGACACGAGUCUCAGUUCCCGCGCUUCCUCCCGCUUCUUCGAUUCCGAACCCAUCCUCAAUUUGGAGACGUACACCAACAAUCCAUCCGCUUCCGGAAUCGGCUCAAAUAAGAUGACGAGCAGCAUGUUGUACGAUUCCGAGUACGACAACUACGGUCCGAGUUCCUUGGCGUCGGAUGACCUGUACGACGACGCGUCGUUGGACGUCGCGGCCAGCAAGCAGCUGAUUGGCGGAGAAGACAAAAUCCGCCGCGUUUCACAGCACAUAACCCGCAGCUUUGGGCAGCCCAGUCAGCGCAAUCUCAGCACUAGCAGCGACAGCGAAGACGCCUGAAGGACGUCAAAAAUAGAAGAAGAAGAAGAAGAAAUUGGAAUUCAUUCUAACCUUCAACAUACCUUCCGGCAUCCGCGCUCUCCCACUCAAAACUGCUAAUGAAUGAUCAUCAUCAUUUAUUCAUUAAUUUCACCUUGGAUAUUUUCUAAUGGCUCGUUUUCUUUUUUCUCUCUUCUCUUUGAUUGUGUUGAAUGUUUCAAAAUGAUUGAAAGCAAAGAAAUUCUCUUCGCAGCUUUACGAAGUUUGUAAUGCCACACACAGACUUGCCCUACCUGGGCAUUUAUUAUUAUAGCACGUCCGUUUUUUUGGUUUUUCUCUUUGGAAUUUACUGUGAUUCAGUUGACCCAAGCCUCUUUACUAAGAAUCUUUAAACUAGAACUGUUUUCUGUCUUGAUUAUUAAUUGAAUUCAAACUGCUGGUCUUUUUGCAUAAAAUAUCUUUCUUUUUUCUAUCUCUCUCGAAUCGCCGCUCUGCAUGGCUCUUCCUAUUUUUUGGCAUUUGCUCUCCCGCUCAUCAUAUCUCUCGCUCGUUCGUCAUUGGCUUUUUUUUUUUGUUUCUUUGACAGUUUUUUUUUUGUGUUUGGUCUCGCCGAUAUUAUCAACGUGUUUUUGUUUUCGUGUGCGUGUUUCGAUUGAUUAUUUUUCGUUCAGUGGACAGAAAAUGGUGUGCCUUUAUCUCUUCAAUUCAAUUGUGAAUGUCGUCGGUUACUACGCUGAUGAGCGGUCAAUUUUCAAUGUUUUUCGAUUGCUGUUAUACGAUUCCCUUUUCGUUCUUGUUUUACCUAAACAAUGUCAUUGUGUACUUAACUAGGUAUAAUAUUAUAUUGCCGGGGGAAACGUCUGACGUAGUAGGGUGUAAAAUAAUAAAUCGAAAAGGGCAGUCGGCUACUUUUAAAGGAGCGAGCAACUCUGAAUGUGGAAGAAACGCUUCCGGUCGUCAGAAAAAGAAAAACAGUUAAAAUAACUUACUCAAUGUUUAAUAUGGCUCUACUUAACUUACACACCUUUUUUAUAAAUGAGAAGACACACACACUCAAGCCCAUGUCAUGUAUAUAAAGCAAUAAGACAAUGUUUUCACCAUAGUUAAUUGUUCCUUCAAUAAACGACGAUCUGCUGGAUC